AUGGAAGUCGAUGAUGUUCCUGAAAUAAACUUUGAAAGUUCUGUGAAACCUUUAACGUCAUAUUCUACUAAACUAUCACAAGAAAGUAAGAUCCAGCAAAAUGAAAUACUACAAACAAUAGAUACAGAAGAUGAUAAGCAAGACAGUGAGCAUGAGGAUGUUGUCACUCUAGCGGAGUCAGUGGACACUCUCCGAGUCGCUGAAGCUAACAGUGUACCUGUUAAAACACAAACAAAGGAGUUGCUUCAGAACUUCAUUCAAGACUUAACCGAAUAUGACACUACUUUUUUAAAACAAUAUUUAGAUGUCCUUCAAAAUAACAAUCAGAUGGCCAUCAAGGAUGUCAGUAAUAAUGUAAUAUCCAGCAUUGAGCAAGUAUUGAGGUAUCAGUCAGAGGGUCACAGUGAAUGGCCAGAACAUGUAUUGUUGGUUUUACUGAGCUGGCUGACAGUCACUGUCCUGUGUCUCACGGACCCACACAUCAAGACUCCUUAUAGAGUGUUCAGUGAAUUGUUAACUCAGACUAACAUGAAAAUGCGUGUGCGACUCGCGACCGUUUGUUGGCGUUAUCUGAGCCCCGAGCAGUUGAUUGAGCUGGCCGAUGUAGCAACCGGUGUGGGUGGCAGGAUGGACUCACAGACACGAGGCGAGGGGGAGGGGGAGGGGCGCGACACGAGCCUGGCAGACCUGCUGCUGCGAGCCGCGCUGUGUCGCUUACAGGAGACACCCACGGAGCCACAGUGGUUCCUGGGGCGGCUGGAGGGCGAGGAGGUGACGCAGCUGGUGUCGAGCGCGUGGCCGGCGGCGGAGGGAGGCGCGCGGUCCCUCCUCACGCGGGUGGUCAUGAGAGCCCGCGCCGCCGGCCGCCUGCACGCGCCGCCCGCACUCUUGAGAGCCGCCUCCAGAGCGACCAGCUCCUCGAGUCAACCCGAGACGAUCAAGGUCCUGGUCGACGUGUCCAAGUUGGUCUUAUUGUUUAUGGGAGACGACGAGGACGAUAAAAUUCUCGCAGAGAAACCCAAGAAACGAGGAAGAGCCAGAGCCAAUGUAUCCAACUAG